AUGGCCUCUCACAUCCCACCAGCUGGGUUUCCCCCAUAUAACCCACAAUACGGACAAGAACAUUUUCAACGUCCCGUGGGCCCGACGUCGAGUUAUCAGGCACCGCAGACGACAGGUAGCCUUGAUCAGAGCGGCAUUUGGAGAGCGGAUCAGGCAUCAGGCGUCACUUACAGUAGUGAGCCAUCGCCGCUUCUGCCUCCCCGACCCGACCACUCAGCUGGCUACGGAGCGUAUACACAUUCUGGAUCUUAUCCCGACAACUAUAACCAGCAUGUGAGCAACGCCCACCUCGCUUCACGUGCGCCGCCGGCCAGCGACGUGAUACAAGGAGUGUCUGUCCAGGCCAGCACCAGCUCGGUCAGUACAUCAACCCAAGGCUGGGACACCUCGACUCCUCAAGCUCCAGCCGGAGCGUCAUACCCACAGAACGCGGAGGAUGAGGAGAUCUUGUCCCAGGCUAUGCUCUUUGCGCAGACAGCAGCAUCUUCGCCUUACGCAGCCGGCCCACCGCUCUCAAAACCCGUGGCAGUCCCGCACCUGACACAAAGCAACUCGAUGACUUAUACGCAGCCGCCUGGGUCCAGCGUCAACAAGUACGCACGGAUGUACUCCCCGGUACUCGCACCGCAUGGUGUAUCGGAGGUCGAUUUCAUGGCCUUCCUCGACGGAUUAAAUCUCGUGUCCACCGCCUCGCAAGCCAUACAGGCAGCAAACAUUACGAACGUGCUACUUGCUUUUGACCCCACGGGUAUUUCGCAGACGGUCAGCCUUGCGGCCACAGUAGGGCUCCAGGCAGGCCAGCAAAAGGUAUUCAACCGUCGUGCUGCUGCCUUUCUGCGCAGGGCCAAUGCCGAGUUCUUUCAUCCCCGAGGGCUUCACGCAGCACAGCGCAGUCUCGACGAGCUACGAGAAAUCGCACACAUCCUAAGCGACGCACCGCUCACCACGCCCAUCAACAGCGGGUGUAUCCUGGAUGGUGUUGCUGAAAAUCGAGUGCGUGCGAUGCAGCCCUGGCUGGCGCCCAUGAAGUUCGAUGUCCCGCCGGAACCUGCGCCGCCUGCCAAUAACGGCCUCCAGAAGAUCAACAACUUACAGAAAAGGCAUCUGCACAAAUUCAUGGAUCGAAAAACCAUCUCCGUCCGCCUUCAGGAGCUCUCGGAUAACCCACAGGUCCUCAGCAUCGAUGACAUCAUCCGGAUCGCUGCUGAUGUCCGCGCCACUGAGGAUAAAGACCUCACGUCGAAGGUAGAUAAAUGGGAGAAAAAGAUGCUCAAAGUAGCCGGCAGCGGGAAAGGUAGACCUGUGAAGGAUAAAGGCAAGGAAAGAAGGGAGGAGAAAGCUACGCUUCGCUCGCACUGGUUGGUCGUCACAACCUGGGACGGUCUCGAAGAAUCUUCCUAA